AUGUAUGCCAAGACCAACGAGUUCCUAAAAGAGCACCGCCGCCAUUCCCCUAAAGGGCCAUCGGACCUCUCUGAGCUCGAGAGAAACUCUAAAUUGCUACAGAGUUUCCAAUCCGAUAUUUCUGGGCAACCCCCAGAAGGAACCGACCUCCAUCAACCAGCUUUGCCGGCUGAGGGGUUUAUGGUCGACCUGGGGCCCCACACUAAGACCCACGCCAUCAACGACAGCAGAAAGGACUCGAAUGCUAAGUAUUGUGCUGCUGCCAUAUCGAUGGCGAGUAUCACAUCUUUAGUGGCUAUCCUAAAUCGGCUUCUUGGGUUUAUCGUUGAGAGUCGACAGGGCAGUGUCGAAAUUUGGGCCGCAUCGAUAAUCAUCGAAGCAGAUCGAACAGAUAUCAAAAACGAGAAGGAAGAGGGCGAAAAGAGGCGUAAAAAUGAAGGUGCCAAUGCGAAAAGAAUUCUUGGACUCAGCGAAGCUAUUGGGAAGGUGGCUGAGAGAGUAAGCGAUGCAGCGAAGCGGGAGAAGAACCAGUAG